AAAGGAAAAAUAAAUGCACCAUGUUUUACUCUGCCGUUCCCAAAGCCGAUCCUACUCUUUCUUUUCCCCUUUCCCAUUUCACAUUUCCAGUCUGGUGGUUCGGUUGACUGACUCUUUCCCAUUUCCAUUACGCUGCACAACCGAAACCCUAGCUCGCUUCAAAUUCGUUGCUGCUUCGCAACUCUCAUCUCAUCCGUCACUGUGAUGGCGGCGACGGCGGCAUCGGCCCUCUCGCUGUGGAGUCUCUUCUUCGCAGCGCUCGCUCUCCCCGCGGCGUUCGGCAAUUCGGAAGGGGAUGCACUGUACACGCUGCGGAGGAGCUUGUCCGAUCCGGAUAACGUCCUCCAGAGCUGGGAUCCCACCCUCGUCAACCCUUGCACCUGGUUCCACAUCACCUGCAACCAGGACAACCGCGUCACCCGAGUGGAUUUAGGCAAUUCAAACUUGUCCGGACAUCUGGUGCCCGAACUUGGAAAGCUAGAGCAUUUGCAGUACUUGGAGCUGUACAAGAACAAUUUGCAUGGGACUAUCCCUGCUGAGCUGGGUAACUUGAAGAAUCUGAUAAGCUUGGACCUGUACAACAACAACAUAACAGGGACAAUUCCUUCUUCAUUGGGAAAAUUGAAGAGUCUCGUGUUCUUACGGAUUAAUGACAACCAAUUAACUGGACCAAUUCCACGGGAGCUUGGUGGUGUUUCUAGCCUUAAAGUAGUUGACGUUUCAAACAAUGACUUGUGUGGAACUAUUCCAACAAACGGACCAUUCGAGCAUAUUCCAUUGAACAACUUUGAGCACAAUCCUCGACUAGAAGGCCCAGAAUUGCUUGGACUUGCCAGUUACGACACAAAUUGCUCGUGAAGAUAAAGCUCGAUCGUGUACAACUGUAAUAUCUAAGUGGGAGGGGUGGGGGGAGUGCUGCUAAAUGCAGUCACCCCCUAAUAUUUGUAUAUCUUAUCGUGCUGCUUAAUGUUCUUCUUGUAUGCCUAAGUUCCAUCUUAUUGUGAAGUUGCAUUUGAUAGUGGCAGUGAGAGGUGGCGAGUGCUUCACUAAUUAUGUAUGCUGAUUAUGAUGUGUGUGGUUUAAUAUAAUGUAAUGUAAUAUGUGGCUGCAAAUUACAACUAAUCGGAUGGAACCUCUGUUUUGAUUGGUACCUAAAUUUUAUUUGUUUUGCAAAAAAUGUCAUUGAACAA